AUGACUAAUGAGGAGAUUAGAGAGGCUCUACUUGCUUUAGCUCGAUCCAUGAAUACUCAUGUGAAUAGGGGUAUUGAGCCUAGAGUGAAUGCUGUGGAGAUUACUAUGACCUCUAGAUUCAGAGACUUUGUGAGGAUGAAUCCUCCUAUUUUUCUUGACUCUAAGGCUUAUGUGUAUGCUCAAUCCAUUGAGGAGUCCAAGCUUAGUAGGAUUUCUAGAAACUUGAUGAGGAGUGGACCAAGUGAGAAAAACCAACCUAGGUUCAAGAAGAGGGCUCCAAUUCAAGAUGAACCUAGGGAUCCUAAGGUCAAACUUCAGAAGGGUAGUGGCUCUCAAAAUGGUAAGCUUAUUUGGGUUACUUGUGGGAAGAAGAACUAUGGGAAAUGUCUAGUUGGUAACGGGAAUUGCUUUGGAUGUGGUAAGGAUGGUCAUAAGGUGAGGGAUUGUCCUACUAUUGCGGCUAGAGGAAAAGAAGGCAAGAAAGUUCCUCCAAGUGUUCUAGAUGAUGAUGUUCCAAGGAAGAAUCGAUUCUAUGCAAUCUGGGCUAAAGGGUCAAAGCCAGAUGAAGAUGAUGUUGGUAAGUCAUAG